GGUGUUAGUCUUCAGCCCUCUCGUCAUGAUUAAUAGUUAAAAAACUUUUAUUUUCAUAAAAAAUAAAUUAUUUUUAAAUAUAAUUUCUCAAUCAAAAACAAUUUUUUUUUUCCAUUCAAAAGAAAUUUUAAAAUCAUUGAGCAAAUGAGCGUGGGUUUGUCUAACUGGCCUCCUUUGCGUUUGGUCCGAGCAAUCAGACGGGAGGAGUAGUUCCUGACCGUUCGAUGUUCAGAAGAAUCGAUCUCUACCCACUCAAAGUUCCGGACACGAAGACAACCCCAACCAGCUCUGAGCUUUUUCUCUGACGAGGCAUGGCGUGGAGUGGGCGGUGGUGCACCGGAAGUGGCGGCACAUGAAAGAUGCGCACAACGCCCCACUCCUCCCCCGCUUCCUGCUAGUCUGCGCCCUCGUGGCGUUGCGUGCGCCCCUGGUCCAGCCUCCUAACCUACGCCCAUCCUCCUCAUUUCCCGCUCCAAACAACAAGAGCUUCGCAACCAUCGUCGGAAGCAACAACACGACUGGUCUCGCGGGGAUCCACGGUUCGAACCUCACAGUCGCUGUCAUGUCGAAAGCUCGAGUCCAUGCCGAUGUCAAUGUUCUUCGUCCCAAAGCGUACUGGGAUUACGAGUCGCUCACCGUUCAGUGGGGAGAUCAGGAUGGCUAUGAGGUUGUUCGGAAAGUUGGAAGGGGAAAAUACAGUGAAGUUUUUGAAGGCAUAAAUGUCAACAACAAUGAACGGUGCAUAAUCAAGAUUCUGAAGCCUGUUAAGAAAAAAAAGAUAAAGAGGGAGAUAAAAAUACUUCAAAACCUUUGUGGUGGCCCCAAUAUUGUCAAGCUUCUCGAUAUUGUUAGAGAUCAGCACUCAAAAACUCCUAGCUUGAUAUUUGAGUACGUGAACAGUACGGACUUCAAAGUUUUGUACCCCACGUUGACUGAUUAUGACAUACGUUAUUACAUGUAUGAACUUCUGAAGGCAUUGGAUUACUGCCACUCUCAAGGAAUAAUGCACAGAGAUGUCAAGCCCCACAAUGUCAUGAUAGAUCAUGAAUUGAGAAAACUUCGCUUGAUAGACUGGGGUCUUGCUGAAUUCUACCAUCCUGGCAAGGAAUAUAAUGUUCGUGUGGCCUCAAGGUACUUCAAGGGGCCUGAGCUUCUUGUUGAUUUGCAAGACUAUGACUAUUCUUUGGACCUGUGGAGCCUUGGCUGUAUGUUUGCAGGAAUGAUAUUUCGCAAGGAACCAUUCUUCUAUGGCCACGACAAUCACGAUCAGCUUGUCAAAAUAGCAAAGGUACUAGGCACAGAUGAGUUGACUGCAUACUUGAAUAAAUAUGGAUUGGAGCUUGAUCCUCAACUUGAUGCCCUUGUAGGGAGGCACAGCAGGAAACCCUGGUCCAAAUUUAUUCAUGCAGAUAAUCAUCACCUGGUUUCUCAAGAGGCCAUUGAUUUUCUUGAUAAGCUUCUGCGUUAUGAUCAUCUGGAAAGGCUUACAGCAAGAGAAGCAAUGGUAAUCCUCUAUGGGCUAAUUUUCUGCACUUGGGUUCCUGUACUAUUGUUAUCUUUGAUAAUGACUCUUAUUUUAUUAUGCUAAUUUUUCCCUUCUAUUUUCUAUUUCUUAAUGACUGACUAAAGGGUAAUUCUACAUGAAGUACCACUUUUUCCAUACACUAGGAGAUUUUACUAUGUGCAUUAUUAGUGGCAAAUCAUCUUCCCCUGAUACACCCCCUAUGUGCACCCCAAAACGAGAGAAAAGCAGAGGGUAGGGGAAGAAAUCUAUUGACCCAGCCACCAACAAACAAUUAGAAGAAACAUUUGGGUACUGGGUUGGUCAGUAGCUGUUCUAUGUCUCCCUAGAUUUAAGUGUUGCAGCACCCGCAAUUUACAUCUCUGCCAUUUGUCGACACAUUUCUUUUGUACUUGGGCUUAAAAUCUUAUUACAUCAUAAUUUUCCAAUAAACUCAUGCUAAUUGGAAGUUUGCACAUCGGGCUGGGGUUUGAACAAGGGAUUUAUGGCAAUGGACCAGUUUUCUGAAAGCCAACUAAUUAUAGUGGUGAUAAGUUACCCUCAUUGCAAAUAUCCCCUCAAAAUCCUGAACUUGAUAAAAAUAUUUUUAAUGCAAGCUGUUCCGUUUAUAAUAAUAAUAAUAAUAAUAAUAACAAACACUUGGCUUGCGAUGGGGCGCAUUAACUAGUUUUUCCCACGCUUGUGUGUUUUUUGCUUCAGGCCCAUCCAUAUUUUCUUCAAGUAAGAGCUGCCGAGAGUAGCAGGAUGCGGACGCAGUAGCCUGUUAACCUGUAUUCUCAUACAUAAAAUCAGUUGUCUUCGCUUGAUAAUGUAGCAUCUUUGCAAUUAUUCACAUACUACAGCAUAAAACAUUGAGGCUGCCCUACAAUGGUUGUGUUGAUAUUCUCAUUUAAAUUGAUGUGUUUCUUUGUGCCUCUUCUAUCUUUUUGAAAGAUGCAUAUUGUUUUUUCUCUUGGCUUUCAUAUGAAAUUUUUAAUGGAGAAAGUGGAUCCUCCAAAUUUAUUAUGUAUACUUUAGAUUUUUUUAAAUUUGAGUCAUUCAACUAUUUUUAAAUAGUUUCAAA